AUGCACGGUAAAUUAUUUAACGAUUCAUACAGUGGUGUCGUAACGGUUGCUUAUGGUAAUUUAACUGGACAGACAACAGCAAGCACAACAAUAGUAUCUAUUCCUACUGUAUCAACAUUGGGUGCAUCAACAACAGCAGCUAACGCAAAUAUCACUACAACUGGAAUAACUGUUCCGAGCUCGAGUACACUUUAUACGGGUAUUGGUACAAGUUCAACAAUAAGAACAACAACAACUAGCACCAUCUCAACAUUAACAUCUACUUAUCCAUCGGUUCAGAUAGUCAACCCGAGUGGUAUUAUUCAACGAUGUAAAUAG